CAGUCGGGCGACCGCAGUCCCCAAGACCACCAAGAGCUCAUCGAUGAGAUCCUCCAUGAUCAGUCAUGGAUCCAGAUUUCAGAAUCCUCAUCCAUUCUUGAUAAACUCCCUGCCGAGAUUCUCCACCAAGUUCUUUCCUACCUGUCCGCCCGAGAUCUCGCUCGCGUGUCCGUGACCUGUCGAUUGCUCGCCGAGCAUUGCAACGAUGACCGACUAUGGGCCGCACUCGUCAACUCACAUCUGCCAACACCAAUCGAUGACCCGGGUCUUUUCUCGUCGUAUCGUCAUCUUUACCUCACACAUAUCUCCUACUGGUUCAUUCCCCAGCAUAAGAUCUGGUUUGCAGACAACGAACACACCGGUAAUUUGAUUUUGGCUCGCUAUGACAACCGAAGAGGGGUAAUCGAAGGCUAUCGAGUGGUAGCAGAUCGAGGAAAUCCAAGCCUGCAAAUUUGGCAGUCAAAUCCCGAUGUGAUGAUCCAGUCCUUCGACCCCAAAGUCCGUUUAUGGUUGGACGAUCCGGUUCUCCUCCUGAAAGAGAAGGACGAAGAUACCAAAGGACCCACAGCAACCCCUCAGACUUGGAUGCUGGAGCGUCAAAUGCCCAUGCCGGCUGAAGCUCAACAUGUCUACAGCUCGUUGAUAUUAUGUCCCAAAGAACCCCGCGAACCAGAGGAGCAUGAAAAAGACACCUGGCAAGAACAGCUCUGGCCACCACCAUUAAUUCCGAGUGAUCAUCACACGCAAAGAGAUCUCUCAACAAAUCAAAUAAUUCCUCCUAAAUGUUCGUCUCAGGCUUCGGAAUUUGCAUUUCGCAUUCGGAGAUGGGCGAAUUUCCGAUUGGUGCUCUCUCUGGGCCAUAAUGAAGCAAUGACAACAUAUUCUACUCUCGAUCCGAAGUUCUACUUACCAACGAAAGAGAAGCCUUAUCAAGGCAUUUGGGUUGGUGACUACUCCGCUCAUGGAUGUGAAUUCCUACUGUUCAUUCAACGGGAUCCAGAAGGCGCCGUGGAUGCGGAGGACCCAGAAGAAACUGAGAACGAUCCCGAUAGUGUGGUUCAUAAGGGAAGCCUAGAGGCUAUUAAGCUCACAGGUGACCCAAAUGUUCCACGUGGUGAAGUAUCAUUUGUGGCCGCGGAUAUCGGGCCCAAGGGCCUUGUUCGAGUGGACUCCAAUGAGCCAUUCGAGAAUGCGCGCAUUGUGCAUUGCUCGGGCCAUGUUGCUGGUAUUGGAUUCCAAGAUGAUUCAUUCAACCCCUCUCAGCUCGUUCUCAUUUCCCCGGAUUUCAUAGCCCACUACUGGGAAGUGAUGGGCCAUGUCUCUUACUAUCGUCGAGUGGACAUAGAUUCUCUGAUUCAGACAUAA